AUGUUUGGGAUACGCGCGGGAAUGUACUCCGCUUUUGACAAAAACUUGUCCAAAUCACAGUUAACGCUUUCGAAAAUCGACUUCAGUCCGACGCGACAAAGCUGUAAGAGCCCAAGACAGCUCAGCCAGCAUGAACUCUCUCAAAUGAGCCAAGGAUUUGCUGUUGUGAAUGUCUCGGGACUCCGACUUGAAUUGGAUUUGGCCGGGAUUGAGGAGCGCUAUCCAGAGACUAUUUUUGCUGAUCCAGCGUUCAAUAAAUACUGGGACGGCCAAGAAUUCUUUCUCGAUCGCCAUCGAAACUCGUUCGAAGUCAUUGCAAAUUGGCUCUCGAUCGGAGGCGAGCUAGUUUGCCCCGAUACGAUUCCAAUUGAUGUUUUUCUUUAUGAAAUUUCAUUCUACCAGCUGCCUGUUCCUGCGAUCGAAGAUUUUCUUCGGAAUGAAGGCUUGCUCAUGGAAAAAGAGGAAGAAGUCAAAAACCUGACGACAAGAAUGAAGAUCUGGACACUUUUCGAAAAUCCAACGAGUUCAACUCUUGCAAAAAUCAUUUCUUCCCUAUCCAUUCUUGCAAUUGUCGUGUCGACCACGCUUUUCUGCAUCGAAACUCUUCCAGGAAUCAGUAAAACUGCAGAAGACGGGGAAUCUUGCUCGACAAGUGUGAUCGCGAUGUAUUCCAUCGAGAGCAUUUGUGUUGUCUGGUUUAUCAUCGAGCUUUCUUUGCGACUUCUUUGCGCGCCUUCUUGGAGAUCGUUUAUCGCCGAUAUCAUGAACAUAAUCGAUUUUCUCGCGAUUUUACCUUGGCUCUUCAGAACCAUUCUCGGAAUAAGCACCUGUAAUGGAUCCGAAGCGCAUCAUAACUACGUCGUCAUUUUCAUGCUGCGAAUAUUGAGAAUAACCAGAGCUUUUCGAGUUCUGAAGCUUUCAAGAAACGAUUCAAACUACUCCCGAAUCGCGGAAAAAUGGAAAAGAUUGAAUCGAUUGAAAGAUAUUCCCGAGGGCUGA